AUGGCCGAGCAGGUUCCCACUGAGCCAAACAGUGCCGCUCACCCUACUAUUCCCACGCAAACGACGAUCCCGUCCCGAGGACCAAAACCAAAACCAACGUUUCCUGUCGCAGAUCCACCGACAGAAUGGUCAACCUAUCGCAUGGACAAGAAGAUUGAGUGGCUGAACACUCACGGCCUCAAAAGUGACAACACAAUAAACCUAGGAGAUUGCUAUCGUUGCGGCGUCAAACUGCGCCAAAUGCUCUCUGUUGUAGUCAAACCGAUAUUUGACAUCAGAAUGCAGAUCAAUGCCCACUAUCCACAUACUCAAGUGCAGGAAGAUGUCGAAGUCUUUAUCACGGCAUUGAAUGAUGGAGUGAAUGAUCUAUCGGACUUCAUCUACCGAAAUGUCUACGAGUUACUUCAAAAUGGCCAGUUCCGGGAUGAAGCACAAGCGAUAACUCCCGUACCCGUUCCUGAGCUACUGACCAUCAGUGAAUAUGACUUCCCGCAACCAAUUGAAACCGAUAAACCACUUCAUACCGAACCAUUCUGCGUAUUAGUCGAGAUCCUGGACCUUCUCGUCGACAGAUGGCCAUGGUUGAAUGACCCUAAACCAGGCAAGCAAGUUUCAUGGGAACAUCUCAUACAAGAGGUCAUAAUAACCGGCCAGGGAUUCUUCACUGAAUAUGGGGAUUUAGAAAACGGCAACGAAACUGGUGAUGAUGAGAUAUUGUCUCACGCAAUGAGUGGUGGUCUACACCUCGGACUUGGUCGUGGAGACAACAAUGAGAACAAGAUGUACUGA